AAUCAGCACACACACCCGCAGAGGAAGAGCAAUGUGAUAGUUCAGCCGUUGCUCGGGAGAUACCUUUUGGGGCCCCGAGAUCUUGAGAUUUCCUGGCGAUUGAUGUCCGACUCGUUGUGGCACGGGGAUGCUGAUUCCCGCGGCCAUUCGGACGAGGAACAGCCCGCUCACGCACCGAUGACGGAACCAGUGCGAAAGCUUAGCCUGGUGAGCGCCAGAUCACUACUCAUAGACUGACUGAUAGAGAUGCCUGUGUCUAGGUAUGCACUGGCUGUGCGUUCAUUGACAGGCGGGGCUGAUAGGUCUAUCGUUCUUCAGUGUGAGUGGCGGUGUGUACGGCUCAGAGCUGAUGGUCCGCGCACUCGGCAUGCGGCUGGCAGUUCUGGGACAGCUCUUCAUGUGUGUCGCGUAUGCAUUCCCAUACAGCCUCAUAUGCCUCGAACAAUCGGUGAGCGAGCGACACAAACACGUAGAAUGGCAGGCAGGCGCAUUGGGUCGUGGUUGUGUGUCAAAUGCAGUUGUUGUUGCCCGUUAAUGGAGGUCCGGCACACCUACCAAAGACCUAACCUGACACGCGUACUCUGUAUAUCUUUCCAUGUGAUCCACAGGCCAAAUGGUGUGGGCGAGAGCGGCUUAUGGACCGUUCUUCGGCAUGGUUGCCGGCAGCAUCUAUCUAUGCUACGAGUUCUCGAUCCUCGGUGCGUGACCACACAAACACGGACUUCUCUCGUGCAGCUGAAGCAACUCGUCUGUGUGCGGACAGGCAGCUACACGGCCCUGUCGGUCGACUACCUGUCCCGGUUCUUCCCGUCGAUUCGCGCCAGAUGGGCGGAGCUGACCUUGAACUUGGGGAUACUGCUGCUUGGACUUGUAACCUGCUGGGCCAGCAUCGACAGAGUGGGGAGGCUGUUCACCCUGCUGAUGGUCGGCACUCUGGUGCCCUCGCUCGUGCUCAUCGUGUGGACGCUCUGUGUGGUGCCUUGGCGCGCUUUCUUUGCCCUACGGCCCUUCCCCGCCCGAUUCGACUGGUUCCAGGUGGGUGGGCUCGGGGAGGGCAGGCAGGACACGGAUGCCAUUUGUCUGUGUGUCCCCCUUUGCCUGUCUUGUGUUGUGCUAUCCUGUCAUGCAGGGAGUGUCUGUGUUAUUCUGGUCCAACACGGGUUAUGGGUCUGCCUUCAUCAGAGUGGCUGAUAACAAGCAGCUGGCAAAUGUGCCGGUGGCGGCCUUGGUGAACUGCGUCAUCGUGUCGUUGUCUUACCUACUGCCUUUCUGGGCAGGUGAGGACAAAUGACCGACAUACGCACACCGACAGACAAACACACACUCGGUCGGCUUCUUCUGUGCGCCCCGCCCCGCCACGUGUGUCGUGUAGCUGCGGCGGUGGAUGACGACUACUCGUCAUGGAGCGACGGCCACUUUGUCGAGGUGGCGGCCAAAAUCGGUGCUCCAUCUGCAGUGGGCUUGAGCCUUGCUCUUGGAUCGUUAUGCUCUGCUCUUGGGCAGCUGGUCGGCGACUUGACCACAGCGUGCGAAUUUGCUGCGUGUAUGAGUGGGUUUGGGUAUCUGCCCAAGUGCCUCGGUCAGUCAAUUGGGUGGGUCAAGAGGGGAACAGAGCUGCCUAUGUAUGCAUCAACACGGUGUGUUGUGUGUUCAGCCACUCGCAACAAGAGUGAUCAGCCGGUGAUGGCCCUGCUGCUCAUGUUCUCUUUGGCGUUGGUCUCUUCGUCUCUUCUCGACUUCUCUUCGCUGGCCGGUCUGUCGGCCGUUUUCUACUCCCUGGGUGUAUUCAUCAAGUUCAGCUGCUUCCUCUACUUCAGAAGGACGUACCCCCAUACACCCGCCCGGCGAUGGAAGCUGCCCAUCCGAUCAUUCUGGGGCUGUGUCGCCUUCUGCACGCCCGCCAUGCUGUUAUCGCUGCUGCCCGUGACUCUCUCUGUGGGGUGGUCGUCGCUGCUGGCCGUGUUGCUCGUUGUGGGGCUGCUUAUGUCCUAUCCGAUCUAUCAAGCGGCCUACAAGGGUGUCCUGCCCUCUUAUGCCGACAAGGACGCCGCUCUUGACCUACCAUCGGCAGACAGCGAAGACGAGACACUGGUGGCCCGUCCGCCUGUCAGGCCGGACGCCGAGACAGCCACUGGAGCCGCAAGUGAGACGACGGAGCGAUCCGACUCCCAAGAGAUGCUGCUCAUCUCAUCCGACGAUUCGCCAUCGGCUGAUGGUUGUGAUGACGACGUCACCAUGGCCUUCGACGGCCGAGAAAUGACGCGGGUGGGCUCCCGGAAGUCCGGUGGUCAUUCUCGUGGGUUGGAGGUGUCCAGUGGUGGUGUUGGAAAUGCAGUGGUGGAGGUGGAAUUAUCUGUUUGUGUGUCGUCAGCCGAGAGCUCACCUAGUGAGGGAGAGAGGCUGGCUGGCGACAGAAGAGACAGAGACGCACUUCGGGGGCCAGCGUGAGAGUGAGGUACUGUCUGCAGAUGAUGCGAACUGUGAGGAUUCUCUUCGUGUUGCGACAUGAAUUCGAUUGGCGUUCUGUGUCGUGAAGUCGCAUAUGUGCGUGAGUGUACAGCUAGCCAGUGAGACGCACCUAUUUGUCGGACAGAGUGGUGUAUAUCAUCAGUCAAUGGCUAUUUGCGAAGAA